UCCUCCAGGCUCUCCUCCUCUAGUAGUAUAAACUAACCUCUACUGGAGGAUGAUGUAUCCUCUAGAAAUCUAUCAUCCAUCAACCAAUCCUCCUGAACUUGACAUACAGCUUAUCCAGGUCUAAUGGAUCACCCUGACAUCUUACGGAGAAAAAUUGAAGAUAGAUAAAGUGUGGUGGUCAAGAUGCCUCUUACAUCGGCAAUUCAGAGUGCCAUGGCCAUCCGCAAUGAGCGGGAGCGUCGUGAGCAACGGCGACUCAGUAAAAUCCGACGAGAAAGCGGAAGGCCAAGUAUGGACGCGGAAAUUGAAAUCGCAAUUGCUCCGAAGGAAAGUGAUUCAUCAUCGGUGACAACAUUUCACUUGGGAGUAGUGUUCAUACUACUAGGGUUCAUAAUGAUCUUCUCGAGUAUGAUACCAAGCAGUAUUAUCGAUGCAGACUGGAGUAGACUAUUCGGUGUUGGAGUCUCAUUUAUAUUCAUAGGAUUAAUGAUGGUAAUGGUGAACCGUAUUAUAACUGCUCGAGAGGAGGAGGAACUAAGUAGGUAUGUGAAACAACGUUUGUCCAGAACCAGAUCAGGACAUCCUUUUGUCAGGGAUACAGACCCAGAGCAACCUCAACCACUUCCAUCAGCGCUUAAAAAAUCAUGGCAAGGUCCUUCCCCAUCUCCAAAGAGUCCUAAAGACAAAGUUACCUUCGCAGAGUUUAAAAAUGAAGUAUUCAGUGAGAAUGAAAACAAUUUACCGAGAAAACUCAGCGUUCCCCCUGAUUUGACGGGUAUUUUAAAAGAAUCCGGAAUAGUCGAGAAUGGCACAAAGAUUGUGCCAACAGUGACCCUUACAGACACAUCUGAACUUGACAAGGAAGAUAAUUCAUUGUCAUCAGACAGACUUAGCCCCAUUGCAGAAGCACAAUCAGUUCCACUUAUAAACAUAUGUGAAGCUUCGUCAGAGAGUCAUAUAGACUCAGAUUUUGAUGAACCUGAACCUGAUGAUUUCAAGGGAACUUUGGAAUCAAUUAAUGGUGAUAAUGGUGAUAUCUUUUCUCCAACAAAUGAAACUCAGAGAUUACUUCCUGAUCCUGAGGAUUUAGUGGUUGGCAGGCAGAAGAUUUACUAACUUGAAAUCCCAGGAUGAGACAGGCAAAAGUUCAAGAGAAUGCAAAAUCUAGAAUUCUAAAUUUCUCUCUCAACCAAAUUCUUGGAGUUUACAGCAUUUAUAGCUUCUAGCUAAGAACUUCUAGAACCAAAUAUUUCUAGGUACUAGAAAUGUAAUAUUCUAAGCAUUCUAAUUCAAAGAAUCCAAAAAAGAAAAGACUUCUUUUCAUCCUUUUUUGCAGCCAUCCAAUAAUUCUAAAGCAAUUUUUCCAUUUAAAUUUUUUUUUCUAGUUUCAGUUUUCCAUAAAAAUUAUAUACUGCAUUUUUAUUUGAGUAUUUGUUUCCAAUAGUUUACCUUAUGAUUAUAAUUCAAAGAAAAGUUAUCCAAUGGAAAUCGUGAUUAAUCAAAUAAUUAUAUUAUCUCUUUUCGUUAAUAAAGCGAAAACCGAAAGGAACUUAUUUAAUGAUCAUAAAUUUGCACUACGAGCAUUUGAAAAGAAAAUGAGAUAAUUUUAAAUUUGUUUGAUGAAACAAAGAAUGAAAAUUAUCUAUGAUGAUAUCUUCAUUCCUCUUUACCAAUGCAAAAUCUAACCCCUUUUAAUAAACUUGUGACUUCAAAAGUUAAAAAGACUGGUUUUCAUAACUUUUCUCUCAAUGCAACAUUAUUUGUUUGAGUUUGUGUGUUUUUUUAUCCUCAAUGUGUAUUAAUAUUUACUCCUUGUGAAUGCUGAGAUCGACUAAAAACCCUUUGCCAAAAAAUAUUAGCCUUAGCAUUCAUAUUAUUCAAAAUCUUCGUUUCUAUCAGAUCUUUUUUUUCAAUUCAUUUAUUGAAAAUGUUAAAUUGUAUUAAAAUUUUCACCUUAAGAUCUAAAAGUGUAAACAGUAAUUUAAAGAUUAUCAAGUUAUUUUGUUUUUAUUAAAAAAUUUAAAUCUUUUUGUAGAUCUUCAUAUCUUUGAUCCAAAAUAGUCUGAUACAAAGGAACUGAGUCUUUGUCACAAGCUCUGUUUUUCUAAUCCCUGUAUUUAUGCAACCAGAUGUUGUAGAC